AUAGCGCCACUCGUGCGCUGGCGGAGCCCCAGCGCCCCGCCCCUCGCGGUUACUUUGACAACACAAAGGACUUCACGGAACUCGCAGGCGCCGCCUACCUUUCCAAAUAAGGGCAGCCGCUCCAUGUACGGCAAACAAUCGGUGCGAGAUUGCCCUUUUCUCUUCCUUAUCCCGUUUAUAUGAUCGGAGAGGAACUGCGCUUCAGGUUGGAAGCGGUGCGAUCAUGGCCGAGCGAGUCCAGCAGCCCCCAGCCAAGCGGCUCUGCUGCCGGCCCGGCUACAACCCGGCAUGCAGGCAGGGGCAGCGGGCUGGAGGAGUCCUGUGUGGCGGCGCGGGGUCCGCUCCGGGAGGGUCGGGGAACGGAAAAACGCACAACCCGGAGUCGCUGCUCGACAUCGCGGCGCGCAGGGUCGCGGAGAAGUGGCCGUUUCAGCGGGUGGAGGAGCGAUUCGAGCGGAUCCCGGAGCCCGUGCAGCGGCGGAUCGUAUACUGGUCGUUUCCGAGGAGCGAGAAGGAGAUCUGUAUGUACUCCUCGUUCAACGCCGGGGGAGAGGAGAGUGGAACUAGCGGGGACAAUACUGACGAGACCCAGCUGCCUUUCCUGCGCGGUGUCACUCUGCUGGAGGGCGGCUGGGUGGACAACGUAUUGCAAGUCGGAUUCCAUCUGAGCGGGACAGUGACGGACCCCGCGACCCCCUCGUCCCCAGAGCUCGUGUGCAGCGUGAGCGUCAGCUUCGACCGCUGCAAGAUCACGGCAGUAACGUGCACCUGCGGAAACAAAGACAUCUUCUACUGUGCCCAUGUAGUGGCGCUGUCGCUUUACAGAGUACGGAAGCCCGAGCAGGUCAAACUGCACCUGCCCAUCUCAGAAACCCUGUUCCAGAUGAGCAGGGACCAGCUGCAGAAGUUCGUCCAGUAUCUGAUAUCGGUCCACCACACAGAGGUGCUGCCCACUGCACAGAAACUGGCCGACGAGAUUCUGUCACAGAACUCAGAGAUCAACCAGGUCCAUGGGGCCCCGGACCCCACAGCAGGAGCCAGUGUGGACGAUGAGAACUGCUGGCACCUGGAUGAGGAGCAGGUUCAGGAGCAAGUCAAGCUUUUCCUUUCCCAGGGAGGAUACCACGGCUCCGGCAAGCAGCUCAACCUGCUCUUCAGCAAGGUGAGGGAGAUGCUGAAGAUGCGUGACUCCAACGGAGCGAGGAUGUUAACACUGAUCACAGAGCAGUUCAUGGCCGACCCACGGCUGGCACUGUGGAGACAGCAGGGCACCACCAUGACCGACAAGUACAGACAGCUCUGGGAUGAGUUGGGUGCCCUGUGGAUGUGCAUCGUACUGAACCCCCACUGUAAACCGGAGCAGAAGUCAUCGUGGCUGCGCCAGCUGCGCAGAUGGAACAGCGUGGAUGUCUGCCCUUGGGAGGAUGGUAACCACGGCAACGAGCUGCCCAACCUCACCCACUCACUGCCUCAGGGUGCCCAUGGCAACCAAGAGAUGCGUCCCCAUAGGACUGUGUUCACACGGGCCAUCGAGGCCUGUGAUCUGCACUGGCAGGACAGACACCUCCAGCACAUCAUUGCCAGUGACCUCUAUGCCAACUACUGUUACCAUGACAACCAGGAGGGUUCCCUCUUCGACUCUCGCGGUUGGCCCUUGUGGCAUGAACAUGUCCCGACGGCCUGUGCCAGGGUGGACGCACUGCGCUCACAUGGUUACCCAAGGGAAGCCCUCCGACUGGCCAUCGCCGUGGUGAACACGUUACGGCGGCAACAGCAGAGGCAGCUGGAGCACUUCCGCCGGCACAAGAAAGAGAUACUCCAUAAAGGCCACACCUCUGUUACAAACAUGGAGGGCUGGGUGGGACAUCCCCUGGAUCCCAUCGGUACCCUGUUCAGCACGCUGACAGAGUCGGGACGGACUGGGGAGGAGGGCUCCAACACGUGUUUAGACCUCUCAGACUGCUCCAGUGUUGUAAGCCGAGCAGACCUCCAGCGAAUGCCUGUGCAGCGAUUGCUCGGGGAUGGUGAAUCGUACAUGGCGCUUGCGGUGGAGACGGCUUUGAUUGGCUUAGGCCAGCAGCGGGUGAUGCCCGACGGGCUGUACGCUCAAGAAAAAGUUUGUCGCAAUGAAGAGCAGCUAUUGGCCAAGCUGCAAGAAGUGGAACUGGAUGAAUCCCUGGUCAAAAUCUUCCGCAAACAGGCCGUCUUUCUGCUAGAGGCUGGUCCAUACUCUGGCCUCGGAGAGAUCGUCCACAGAGAGAGCGUUCCCAUGCACACCUUCGCCCGUUAUCUCUUCACCUCUCUCCUACCUCAUGACGCUGAACUGGCGUACAAAAUUGCACUGAGAGCCAUGCGGUUGCCGGUGUUGGAGUCGACGGCCUCGUCUGGUGACCUGUCACGACCCCACCACAUCGUCUCGGUGGUGCCCAACCGCUACCCGCGCUGGUUCACGCUGAGCCACAUAGAGUCGCAGCAGUGUGAGCUGGCCUCCACCAUGCUCACCGCUGCCAAAGGCGACAGUCGCAGGCUGGAGACUGUCCUGGAGUCCAUCCAGAAAAACAUUCACUCCUCGUCUCACAUCUUCAAACUGGCUCAGGACGCGUUCAAGAUUGCCACUCUGAUGGACAGCCUGCCUGACAUCACACUUCUCAAAGUCUCUCUGGAGCUGGGACUGCAGGUGAUGAGAAUAACUCUGUCCACAUUAAACUGGAGGAGGAGAGAGAUGGUGCGCUGGUUAGUCACAUGUGCCACUGAAGUUGGUGUGUAUGCGCUGGACAGCAUCAUGCAGAGCUGGUUCACCCUCUUCACCCCCACCGAAGCCACCAGUAUCGUGGCCACCACUGUCAUGUCCAACAGCACUAUCGUCCGCCUCCACCUGGACUGCCACCAGCAGGAGAACCUGGCUUCAUCUGCCCGCACCCUCGCCCUCCAGUGUGCCAUGAAGGACCCCCAGAACUGCGCCCUCUCUGCUCUUACACUCUGUGAAAAGGACCACAUUGCCUUUGAGACAGCUUACCAGAUUGUACUGGACGCGGCAGCGACAGGGAUGAGCUACACGCAGCUGUUCACUAUAGCACGCUACAUGGAACACCGCGGUUACCCGAUGAGGGCGUACAAGCUGGCGACCUUAGCCAUGGCUCACCUGAACCUCAGUUACAACCAGGACACGCACCCGGCCAUCAACGAUGUGCUGUGGGCCUGCGCCCUCAGCCACUCGCUGGGGAAAAAUGAGCUGGCUGCCGUCAUCCCCCUGGUGGUCAAGAGUGUGAAGUGCGCCACCGUGCUCUCGGACAUUUUGCGGCGGUGCACGCUGACCACGCCGGGGAUGGUGUCGGCGCUGCACAGCCGCAGGAACUCUGGGAAACUGAUGUCCCUGGACAAGGCGCCACUCAGGCAGCUGCUGGAUGCAACCAUCGGGGCCUACAUCAACACCACGCACUCGCGCCUCACACACAUCAGCCCGCGCCACUACAGCGAGUUCAUUGAGUUCCUGGGGAAAGCGCGGGAGACUUUCAUGAUGGCUCAUGACGGACACAUUCAGUUCACCCAGUUCAUAGACAACCUGAAACAGAUCUACAAGGGCAAAAAGAAACUGAUGAUGCUGGUGAGGGAGAGGUUUGGCUGAGGGUGAGGCUGGGGGUCACCAGAAGCACCCCCCUCCUGACUCUAGUACUUUUCUAUUAACUUGUGUCUGCCUUUUGAACUUCUUUUGGACUUAUGAAAUAGACAAGUAAAAAAGAGGGAUGUGACCUGUAGAAUGAAGCAAAAAGAGAAAGGAAAAGAUGACAAAAAAUCAACAGAGCCACACGCGGUAUUAUUGUUCUUGCUGUUGUUAUUGUUAUAAACAUUAUUACUAUUAUUAUUAUUAUUAUUAUUAAUAAUAUUAUUACUACUAUGUGUACAGAAGUGUUUUUAUUUUUCAGAAGAGAGGAAAUUUGUCAAGUUGUGAAUGUUGUGUGUAUUUCUCUACAUGUGUGCGAGAGGAAAUUGAAAGUGAAAUGGCUUUUUUAUUUUUAUGAUUUAGAACAUGAUUUUUUCCCUUUUUUUUUUUUGGUGUAUAUUGAGUUAUAUGUUGUCAAGUGGCUGAAGCCCUUCUACAAUAGCGCUCAUGUGCAAACAAACAAACAAAAACAAAAAUGAAGAAGAAAAAAAAAUGUCUCGGCAUCCUCAAAGAGAAACUAAGGCUUUAAACCACACAGAGCACCUCCCUCUGUCCCGGGCCCUCACCGAUGGGCACUGGACGGCACUGCACAGCUCGGCACGGCACGGCUCGGCUCAGCACAGCUUGGUUUAGCACUGACAGGAAGCCGCCAUCAGCAUUUCUUCAGACACAGCAGCAGCAGCAGCAGCAGCAGCAGCAGCAGCACUUGAGCAGCCAUUAGUUUUCUCUGGGUCCCAGACAUCAGCUUCAUCACACACAACAACGCUCUUUAGCCAACUCGUGUUGUUGUUAUUGUUGUAGUCCCCCGUCCCCCCCAUAAUGAGUACCUGUUUCACCUGUUGUACAGAGGACAGUAGGCGGGCGCUACAAGUGACGGCACAUUAGACAAAGAUAAUUAGUAUUAUUGUUACAUUGAUGUAAUGUAGAGCAGCUGUGAUUUUUUUUUUUUUUUUUUUUUUAACGGCACAAAUUUGGCUAAAAUAACUGAUGUUCUGUAGUUUGAGUUUUCUAGUUGAAGCAGAUACCCAGAGGGAGACGACUACCUCAUGACACGAUACUGAACCUGCUCCCAAUUUUUAUUUUCUGUUUUGCUAUCGUGGAAUUUAUCAUCUCUGAUAGCGGACAGUGUUAAUUGAACAAGAGAAUCACUAGUGAGACCAAGGUUAUGAGGAGAAUCUGAGUCAGAUUCCUGCUGAGUGUUCCUGCGGCUCGGCUCUGCUGCACGUCACCGCCCUGGCAUCGGUACUUCUACACACACACCCCCCCCCCCCCCCCCCCCCCCAAAAGUUCCCCCAGUCCCCUCAUCUCUGCAGCCACCAUUGAAAGGUAUUUUUCGGACUAGGCCAGUGUCAUUUCCCUCUGUGCAUGUGAAUCAUAGAAAUUAGACUUUCUGCUGUUAUAGUUCGUUGUGUGGAACCUUCAGUAAUUGUCAACCAGAACGUUCUCAGGGAUUUCUCUACACAGGAAAAAGGCGGAACAAAUGAACGACUGACUACAGGAAAAAAGACAAAAACACGACCCAACAUGAGCGAGCAUUUAUUGUACUCUGUAUAUAUGCCAUAGUAUAUGUCUGAAUAUGGAGGAUCUGAAAGUAUAUGUUAACUAAUUUAUACAGAGUAUUCUAUGUAAUGUGAAAUACUUGAAGCCGCUGUAGUUUGCUCUCUCUCGCUCUCCUUCUCUUUCUCUCUUUUGUCUUCUCUUUUGUCUUUUUUUUCUUCUUUUUUCUCUUUUGUUGAAAACAGAACAUAUCAGAAGGACUAGACUGACCGCGUUGACUGGCUCUUUUUUUGGACUCACAAGGCAACAUGUGCUCAUACUUGGAUACGCUGUGUCCGAUCAGAAAUGCAGGUUGAGUCAAAUUGGUGAUGAGGGAGAAAGAAAAGAAAAAGCAUUAAUUCCUGCUGACUAAAGCACAGGAAGGGGAGGGAGGUAGACUACUUCAGGCCAUUGGACGAUAAAUGUUUGAAAACACAAUACAGGAUUUCUUGACGUACUUAAUUAUGCAUGUAAGCUGUUGUACUAGUUUUCCAUGGUGCGAAAACUAUAAUGUGCUUUACACAGGAGCUAAUUGGAGAAGAAUCUUGUUUUUAUAAGAAAAAAUCAAGUAUUAUAUGUCCGGCCUUACAUGCAUUUAAGGACGUAUCUCGGCUGAAGUAAUAUAACCCUUAUCAGAGUAACUUAAUGGUCGUGCAACUCAAUAAGACUCACAGUGAUGAAUAUGCACAGGUUCAAUCUAUCCUAGAUUAAAAGCUGAGUCUCCUCAGUUCUCUCUUCCAUUCACCACUGCAUUGCCAGUGUCUCCUCUGCAAUGUUCAGCUGUCCUCUCAUUUAAUUGCCUUUUUUUUUUUUUAAUCUUCUUCUUUAUAUCAGAUUUUUUUUUUCUCUCUGUGCAUCUUUUUCUAUAUUGUGUUGAUUAAAGAUAAAAAGCAGCCUUUUCUCUUGCCUUGUCUUAACGCUUUAAAGUAACCAAACAGGAGAUCUGUCUAACAACCAAACGCGUUCUAAGAGGUGCGAGACAACCCACCUUGGUCCCAGCUUUAGUGUCCUUAAUUAGUAAGUGAAUGGCUGUGUAACUCAUGCUUUAACAAAGCAAUUCCUCACGUGUGUUUGGUGAAAAAAAAAAAUACAUUGUCCAGUGUCUCUUGUUCUCUUCAGAAACAAUUUCCUCUGAGUCUUUCUAGCUGUUUUAUUUCAUUUUUAUUCUUUUUCUUUUUUUUUGGUUUGUGUAGGAAUCUUCUGCUCUCCCCGUUUAUUUAUUACAAUGACCCAUGUAUACAUGCUUAUGAAAUUAAGAUUUGAUACACCGAUAUCAAUUUAUUUAUGUAACUAAAUCACUGUUUUAUAAUCUUGUUAAUGAGUCAGUAAUUGAUUUUUUUUUCUUUUUUGUUUUUUUGUUUUAAUAAAAGUUAGUUUUUUGAAAUGUU